CUUUCAUUUGACAAACUGCUCAAAAUCAGCCGACACUUUUCCUUUUUUUCUUUUUUCAAAGGAAAAUUUCUAUCGAGAAAGCGCCGCAGAACCAUUUUGGUACUCGGAAGAGUGGAAGCGCUGAGCGGCUGAGGGAGCGAAGAACCCCCCACAAGCUGAAAAUGCUGGCGAAAAGGUUCCUUUCCAUAUUCAAGCGCUCUCCAACUCCGAACGCUUCCAGCAGUUCCGUAAGGCCAUCGGAGGAAGGGGUGAAUAAAUCCUGGGGUCGCAAAGCAGUCUCCUUUGUACUUGUUACUGUUACUGGUGGUGUAGCCUUGAGUGCUUUAGAUGACCUCGCCAUUUAUCAUAGCUGUAGCAGCAAAGCCAUAGAGAAAGCCAAGAACAAUAAAGCAAUUAUAGAUGCUAUUGGAGAACCCAUUGUUAAAGGUCCAUGGUACAAUGCAUCACUUGCAGUAGCUCAUAAGAGACAUUCUCUAUCCUGCACGUUUCCGGUAUCAGGACCACAAGGCACGGGGAUCGUCCAACUGAAGGCAGUUCGUAAUGGAGAGGACUCCUGGAUAUCGUUUCUCCGGCCACGAGACUGGGACAUCCUGAUCAUGGAUGCUCUCCUACAUGUUCCCGAAAACGAAGGUAAGCAGCAAACACUGCGUAUUAAUCUCACUGAGAAGUUUGCCCCUGCUGCUGCUCCUUGUGUCGCAUGCACUGAUUGUCAGUCUCCAACGGCAGAGAAGAGAUGAAGUCAGCUAGUAAGUUUGCAGCUUCUCAUUAGUUUUCUGUCCCGACAUGAUUUCGAGCUGACCUAAGGAUUAAAAUAUUCGUUAUACGCAUCAAAAUAAUAUUUUUCUGUGGAACCAGCUUAGAAGAUUAUUAUCCAACAAGAUUGCUAACAUCAAUCACUCUGUUUUUUAUUUCAUUUUUUUGUAUGGAUAGCGUUCAUGUUAUGGGCGCUGACAUAAACUUUCAUUUAUACCACUUUGUGAGAUUUCAUUAUA